AUGGUAAUUUUUCACAAUUUUCUUUAAAAUCCAUUUUUUUCAAAUUUCAGUUUGGUUUUAUCCAUGAAAGUAUUCGACAGCUCAUGAUACGCACCUAUGGGGAAGCAUUUUGGCUGAAAGUUUUGUGAGAAUUUUUGAAUUAACUUUUAAAUAUGUAAAAAAAAACAUUUAAGGGAACGCGCUGGCUUUGAAUCCGGAAAAGAAAAUAUCAUCAAUCAUUAUUAUUCCGAUCAUGAUACUUACACAAUAGUCGACGCAGUUAGCGUAAUUCUGAGUGAGUAGCACAUUUGUUUGUUCUUACAACAUUUUACCGUUUUCAGAAGUCACAAGAGAACAAGUAUGGGAAAUGUAUGGUUGCUUUUUAAUUCAGUAUACUAUGGAGACUGGAUGGGAUGAUCUUAUCCGUUCAAUGAGUCCAAACCUAAAGGUUCAUACCGUAAUCCUUUUAAACAUUAUGAUAUUCUUUUUAUUUCAGGGCUUCUUAGAUAACUUGGAUUCUCUUCACUAUUUCAUCGAUCAUGUGGUUUACAAAGCCAAUCUUCGUGGUCCAUCUUUCAGGUAGAUUCAAGAAAUAAUUCUGACAGAGUUUUCAUAACUUUUUUUGUUUGUAGAUGUGAAGAUAACCCUGAUGGCACAAUCACUCUUCAUUAUUACACCGGAAGACCUGGUUUGUAUCCUAUUGUAAAAGGAGUUAUAAGAGAAGCUGCAAAACGAGUUUUCAAAUUGGAUGUUGCACUUUCAAUCACAGGUACCUAAUAAAAAAACUUAUCCUAUUUAUUAUUAAAAAUCAAAAUAUUCAUUUUUAGGCAGAACACAACGAAGUGUUCAAAUGGCAACUGGUGAACGUAUUGAGGAACAUGUUAUUUUUCUUAUCAAGGUACAACAUUUUUUUUUAAUAGAAGCUUCAAAACUAUGUUUUUUUUUCAAUUUCAGACAGCAAAUUCAAAUCAAUCAAAUGAGGUAGCAUUGGGAACUACAGUAAUCCAACACAGCAAUAACUAUAAAAUUCGAUUGACUCAUACAGAUUUCAUCACAACAUUUCCAUAUCAUAUGGUUGUUGAUCAAGAUUGCAAGAUUGUGCAAGUUGGAAGAGAGUUAUAGUAAGUUUCAUCAAUUUGAGAAAUUGACUUGGGAAAAAAUGUAUUUAUUUUCAGCAAUCACAUUCCUCGAGAUUUAUUGAAUGUUGGAACACCAUUAAUGCGAAUUUUUGAAGUCACAAGACCACAGAUUCCGUUGGACUUUGAUAGUAUUUGUAAUUUUAUUAAUGCCGUUUUCGUUUUGCAGGUUUGUUUUCAACAAUGAGAAAUCGAAUACAGCGUUCAAAAGAAACAUUUUUUUUAGGUAAAAACAACACCGAUGGAAUUUCAAAGAAACGUUACCAAAAGAGCAAGUCAGACCGUUGAUGGGUAAGUUAGCCGAAUUUAUCAUAAGUUUUAGAGAACAAACUGUUUACAGAAAUAUGAUGGAUGAGAUUGAUGGUACAACAACUCCUUUGAGUCAAAGUCAACAUCUCAAACUGAAAGGUCAAAUGAUGCUUAUGUCAUCGGGAAAUCAUAUAAUGUAUCUCUGCUCUCCAUAUGUCACAUCUGUUCCUGAACUACUUCAAUAUGGACUUCGACUAACAGCAAUGCCUUUACAUGACGCGACUCGCGAUCUGAUUCUGCUUAAUCAACAGCGGCUUUCAGAUGUAGAAAUGAAUCUUCAACUUGAAGCAAAUAAUGAACAACUUGAAAACAUGGCAAAAGAUUUAGAAGUUGAGAAAGGAAAGACUGAUGCACUUCUUAAAGAAAUGUUACCAGCUUCUGUGGCUCAGCAAUUAAAGCAAGGAUUAAGCGUUGAUGCCAGUAAGUAUACAUAGAAAUGACGCACAUUUUGAAAAUCUUGAAUUACAGGAGAAUACGAAGAGGCUACUGUGAUGUUCACAGAUGUUCCAACUUUUCAACAAAUUGUUCCAAUGUGUCAACCACGAGAUAUUGUUCAUCUAUUAAAUGAGCUUUUUACAAAAUUUGAUAGAUUGAUUGGGAUUCAAAAAGCAUAUAAAGUAGAGACAGUUGGUGACAGUUAUAUGUCUGUUGGUGGAAUUCCUGAAGUUGUUGAAGAUCAUUGUGAAGUUAUCUGUCAUCUUGCUCUUGGAAUGGUUAUGGAAGCCAGAACUGUUUGCGAUCCUAUUGGAAACCAACCUCUUCAUAUCAGAGCUGGUAUUCACUCUGGACCUGUUGUCGCCGGGGUUGUCGGCGCAAAAAUGCCAAGAUACUGUCUGUUUGGAGACACUGUUAAUACUGCAUCCAGAAUGGAAAGUCAUAGUCCAAUUGGAAGAAUUCAUUGCUCUGAAAAUGCAAAAAGGUAAAAUUUUUAUCAGGUUUUUGUACCUGAUUUUGAAAAAAAAACAUUUAUUUUUUCCAGAUGUGCCGAGAAAACGGGUAGAUUUGAAUUCGAACCUCGAGGAAAAGUCCAAAUUAAAGGAAAAGGAGAGAUGAAUACGUAUUUCUUGCAAAGAAGUUAUAAAAGAUCUGUUUGGGAGAUUAUUGAUCGGAAGAGAGGUGAUUCUAAAAAAAAAUUACAAAAUAUUAAUUAAAUAUAAUUUCAGAUGAGAAUUGUAAUAGCAUUGAUGGUUACAGUGAACUUCGUGAGGGAUAUAAUGAUGAUACCAGCACCAAAGUGACUCAGAAAAACUCAAAAACUUGCACUGUUUCUUGA